AUGGCGUCACAAUCAUCUACAGGUAAGUAUUUAACUGUAGAUGUUCAUUACAGUGGACUAUUUGCCCCAAAUCCGUUGAAAUACUUAGACCCCGAAAAAAUAACAGUGCGUGAUGUUGAUUUUGGAGGAUUUACGUACAAAGAGUUUCUUUUGUGGCUUAGGAAUUUAACCAAUGGAAGUUGUGAUAAUGUGUACUACUAUAGCAGAAAGGAAACCUUGGGUGAGGGUAUUAUAAGAAUCGACAGUGAUGCUGAUUAUUGGGAGUUUGUUGAAGCUACUUAUACUCCUGAAGCUGAGUUGGAUGUCUACAUUGACCACCAAAAUGAUCCAAUCCUUGAUUGGGCUGAAAAUAAGGUGUUAUUAGAUGGUAAUUGGUAUGACUUGGAUGACAACGAAGAAGAGGAUGAUAAUGAAGAAGAGGGUCACAAGGAAGAAGAGGAUGACAGUGAUGAAGAUGAUAACUUGGAUGAUAUUAUGGCAUAUGAGCAUGAAGUUGAUGAAGAAGUCCAUACCUUUAACAAAACUGUUGGUGACAACUUUUUAAACAAACUUUCAGUUAUUGGUAAGCUUAGUGAUGAUGAUGAACCUAAUGAUGGAAAAGAUAAUAAGGUUGUAUUUCUUGUCCAUGAUGAGAAUCAAGAAUGGGAUAAGAUGGUGCCAAUUCUAGACUCCAAACAAGCUCCAGAAAUUCCUUUGAUCAAUCGGAAGAAGAGCUUUUGGCGAAUAUUAAACUUGUGA